UCCUCCAACCACCCCAUGCAUAGACAGCGAAGACCUUGGGAGGAGGGAAGGUGCAAAUAACCCGCCCUUUUUCCUCUGCAGUUCUCAAUCAGGUCGUACUCCAGGCAAUAUACAGAGACGUUUACCCACACUCGCUACACAGCUGUGUUUGCAUCUCUAGUGAAGAUGUCUGGUCGUGGUAAGGGAGGCAAGGGUCUCGGGAAAGGUGGUGCUAAGCGCCAUAGGAAGGUGUUGAGGGAUAAUAUCCAGGGUAUUACUAAACCCGCUAUUCGUCGUUUGGCUCGUCGUGGGGGAGUGAAGCGUAUUUCAGGUCUCAUUUACGAGGAGACUCGUGGGGUGCUGAAAGUGUUUCUGGAGAACGUGAUCCGAGAUGCUGUCACUUACACCGAGCAUGCGAAGCGGAAGACUGUGACUGCUAUGGACGUUGUUUAUGCGUUGAAGCGCCAGGGUCGUACUCUUCCUGGGCGAUUUCACGUACCAGGCGCUGGAAGGGCAAACUGAUUGUGCAGAAUGGCCAGGACCAAGCAAACUGCUCGUAAAUCCACUGGUGGCAAAGCCCCUCGCAAACAAUUGGCCACUAAAGCUGCUCGGAAGAGCGCGCCUGCUACUGGGGGAGUGAAAAAGCCUCAUCGUUAUCGCCCUGGCACUGUAGCCCUGCGAGAGAUCCGCCGCUACCAGAAAUCUACUGAGCUGCUCAUUCGUAAGCUGCCCUUCCAGCGCCUGGUGCGUGAAAUCGCCCAGGACUUCAAGACUGAUUUGCGCUUCCAGAGCUCGGCCGUUAUGGCUCUGCAGGAGGCUAGCGAAGCAUAUUUAGUUGGUCUGUUCGAGGACACCAACCUGUGUGCUAUUCAUGCUAAGAGAGUCACUAUUAUGCCAAAAGACAUCCAGUUGGCUCGGCGCAUCCGUGGGGAAAGACUUUGGAAAAUGGCGGCGAACGCUGGCGAGAAAACAGAAAUAGAAUAUUAUGUGCAUCAGACUAGUUCGCUUCAGUUUAUAUUUUUCCUGUUUUGUAACGUGUCUGUGACCAUGUCUGAAACUGCACCUGUAGUUGCAGCAGCAGCAGCUGCCCCUGCUCCAGCCUCUAAGGCUCCAGCCAAAAAGGCAAAGAAGGCGGCUGGGGGUUCGAAACUCCGGAAGCCCUCAGGCCCCAGCGUGACCGAGCUGAUCACUAAGGAAGUGUCAGUCUCUAAGGAGCGCAAAGGGCUCUCUUUGGCUGCUCUUAAGAAAGCUUUGGCAGCUGGCGGGUACGAUGUAGAAAAGAACAAUAGUCGUAUUAAGCUGGGGCUGAAAAGCCUGGUGAGCAAAGGUAUUUUGGUGCAGACUAAAGGUACUGGUGCUUCUGGUUCCUUCAAACUCAACAAGAAGCCGGGUGAGAUCAAGGAAAAGGCUCCCAAGAAAAAGCCAGCAGCAAAGCCGAAGAAACCAGCUGCCAAGAAACCCGCCAGCGCCGCUAAGAAGCCCAAAAAGGCUGCGGCCGUGAAAAAGAGCCCUAAAAAAGCCAAGAAACCAGCGGCUUCCGCGGCCAAGAAAGCGGCCAAGAGCCCGAAAAAGGCCAAACCCGCCAAGCCUAAAAAGGCAGCCAAGAGCCCGGCUAAGGCCAAGGCGGUGAAGCCCAAGGCUGCCAAGCCCAAGCUGACCAAACCCAAAGCAGGAAAGGCUAAGAAGGCAGCACCCAAGAAGAAUAUGCCUGAGCCAGCGAAAUCUGCUCCAGCGCCUAAGAAAGGGUCUAAGAAAGCUGUUACUAAGACUCAGAAGAAAGGUGAUAAGAAGCGUAGAAAGACAAGAAAGGAAAGUUAUUCUAUUUACGUGUAUAAAGUACUGAAGCAAGUUCACCCAGAUACUGGUAUCUCUUCUAAAGCUAUGGGCAUCAUGAACUCGUUUGUGAACGACAUUUUUGAGCGUAUCGCAGGAGAGGCGUCUCGUCUGGCCCAUUACAACAAGCGCUCGACCAUCACUUCCAGAGAGAUUCAGACCGCUUUAGUGAGAAUGGCGAGGACAAAGCAAACAGCUCGCAAAUCUACUGGGGGUAAAGCUCCCCGUAAGCAGCUGGCUACUAAGGCUGCCCGGAAAAGUGCGCCUGCCACUGGGGGAGUGAAAAAGCCCCAUCGUUAUCGCCCUGGCACUGUGGCCCUGCGAGAGAUUCGCCGCUACCAGAAAUCUACUGAGCUGCUCAUUCGCAAGCUGCCCUUCCAGCGCCUGGUGCGUGAAAUCGCCCAGGACUUCAAGACCGAUUUGCGCUUUCAGAGCUCGGCUGUUAUGGCCCUGCAGGAGGCAAGCGAAGCCUAUUUGGUGGGGCUCUUUGAGGAUACCAACCUGUGCGCUAUUCACGCCAAGAGAGUCACCAUCAUGCCCAAGGACAUCCAGUUAGCCCGGCGUAUCCGUGGGGAGAGAGCUUAAAAUUCCUAAUGGCAGGAGUUCAUGCAACCAACUAAAAAACCCAAAGGCUCUUUUAAGAGCCACCACGUUUACACUGAAAGGAGCUGUAUUUCUGCUUCAAUAUUUAAACGGAUUAUACAAAAAAAUAAGAGAAUAAAAAAGAUGGCGGUCUACUAAGGAGUAGACAAUUUAGUUGCAUGUUUCGUUUACAGACAUAAGUGGCUAGUACUAAACGACCAUUUUUAUAAAUAAAUGUUUAAUUUGGUUCAAGUUAUGCCAGAAAAAUUUAACAUUUUUUGACAUGAUAUAAGGAACAAUCAGUUAAAACUUGCAGGUUACUUUGACCACUCACAUUUUCAGUGG